AUUGAUGGUGACUCUCCUGAAACAAAGGUCUAGAUGAAUUGCAGAAAGGGGAAGAGAGGAGGGAAAAAGACUUGUUGGAAGUGUCAGGAGCAAGCACAGAGGCUUUUUCUCUCACGGGUGAUAGCAAAUUUCUUAAUGGAAGAUGAUCCCAAUCAAUAGAGCCAGACAGCUGAUUUAUGUAAUGGAAUCACACUGAAGGAGUGGUCUUCCCCUGCAGAGCCAUGUGAAAGGGGAAAAGGGUUACUAGGCUAGGGAGACCAGCGGACUCCACAAGUGUAUCUGCUGGUGUUCAUAAAUAUGUUGCCCAUCAACAAACCACAGGAGAGCUCCAGAGAGCAGCCUCCUUGAGCCUGGAUGCUGGAGAGUGACGGUGGGGCUGGUGCGGCUGCUGUAUUUUGGCUGCUGCUGCCGCUGCUGCCAUUGGGCAGAUACCGCAGUGAGGGGUCUGACCGCGCUGAGUGCUCUCAAGAGCCUGGGUCUGGCCAGGAGCGAGAAGUUGAGAGUGAGGGUUGGGAGGUGGGCAGGACUCACCAAGGAGCUGCAAACCAAAAUAAGAAAUCUAGGGAGCAGAAGGAGAAAAGAGAGUGAGCUGGAGCCAAGACCUCAGGCCAAGUGGAACUGGAGGAAAUGUCAUCAUUGGUAAAGGAGGACUUGGAGAAGAAACUGUUUAAGCCACUCUCACAGAAUCUGUACGAGUUUAUUGAAAUAGAGUUCUCGGUCCAGGACAGGUAUUACCUCUGUGUGUCAGUGACCAAAAAUGAAGAAGUAAAAAUAAUUAUGGUGAAACACUACAGAAUAGGUUUAGAUGAAAAAUAUGAAGUAACCAAAAAGUGGUCUUUGAAUGAUCUGCAGAUGAUCGAUGGAAAAGAAGCAGAUACAGACAAUCCAUUCUUUGAUCUGCACUUCAAGAAAGUGUACAGUUUGGAAGCAUAUAGUUGUGCUUCGAAAUAUGCCUUUGCUCGGACUGUAAACAAGCUGAAUCAUGCAUACCUCAAGAAGGACUUACAGAUCGUGAACUUUGAUUCUACUUACAUUAAUGAUGAUUCCAUUUGGUCCUCCAACAACAAGGAUUGCUUGGUCCUUAUGAGAAUAUGCUUCUAUGCCUUCAAUUUAGUGUGCUUGUCCCUGUGUCCUCUGCCGCUCUGAAUACAUAUACUAUGUUCCUUCAUCAGUGUUCUAUGAAAAUGGUUCCCUAAGUAAAUAUUGAUAGUCAUAAUUUUGUUUUUUCCCUUUAUCGGUGACUAUUAUUUAUAUGAAAAUAAAGUGAUGCUUUGUGAAUUGUCGUGAAA